AUGGAAGAUAGCUUUAGGCAAUGUAUGAUAGCAGUCCUACAUAUAUAUUCAAGGCAGAGGGGACCUGAUGAUCGCACUGACAGUGCUGAUGUUGGAGCCAAAAAGCAUAAGAUAAUUGUAGUUGCCAUUGAAGUUGGCAAUGAAUGGAGCGGUUACGCAUACUCCUUUAGUAACGAGUAUCUAAAGGAUCCUUUGUGUAUAAAGAGUGCCAACAACUUGAAUUACGGUUUGGGUAAUUUGUCAGUAAAAACUCGCUCUGUCGUGUUAUUCGACGAAAAUCAAAAGUUCCAUAGUUUUGGUUUUGGUGCAGAGGAAUUCUAUUCAGAUCUAACUGACGAGUGUAAACACCGCAAAUGGUUUUUCUUCAAAUACUUUAUGAUGAAAUUAUCAGGAAGACAUAUAACACGGAACAUAGAGAUUGAAGAUAACACAGGCAGAAAGAUGAAAGCUAUUGAAGUUAUUGGUCCCGCUAUUAAAUAUCUGAAAGAGCACAUGCUCAGUCUGUUAGAAAACAAACAAACGGAACUACAUAAUAAAGACAUACACUGGGUUUUGAUUGUUCCUGCUAUAUGGACUGACUCCGCUAAACAAUUAAUGGGAGAAGCUGCAUAUAAGGCUGGUAUUGCAGAAACACAGUUGACAAUUGUCACAAAACCAGAAACAGCAAUGAUAUACCACCAAACUGAAAAACAGAUAAGGAAAUUACGUACUGCCGAUCUAUGCAUUCCUGGGACAAAAUGUAUGGUUAUUGACCUUGGAGAGAAUACUUGUGAUUUCACUAUAUAUGAGUGUCAAUCGGACGGUGGGCAUAGAGAGAUCAAAGCGGCAACUGGGAUAUCAUGUGGUGAAAACAUGGUGAUAGAGGGGUUUCAUGAACUCAUCCGUAAUAUAACAGGUGACGCAGUCUUUCAGAAAUGGAAUGAUGAAUAUGCAUAUGAUCGACUUGCUUUGCAAAGAAAUAUUGAAGAAAAACUAGGAUUAAUCAAACAUAAUAGAGAUGGAUUUGAAACAUUCAAAGUUCCAUGUUCAAUAAAUAAAGUUUUCCGAGAAAUAAAUCAUGAAGAUAUAGGACAGGCUACCGAGAGAUCACGAUUUAAUGGUAACAUUAAGUGGAUUGAUGAUAAAUUAAGAAUAGACGGAGAGACUGUCAAAAGUCUGUUCACACCUUGCACUGAUACGAUAGUAGAUCAUGCUCAAUAUUUAUUGAAUGAACCUGGUGUUGAAGGCACGAGCAUAUUUCUGAUGGUUGGCAGGCUUUUUGAGUCUGCAAUAGUUGAAGAGGCCAUAAAAAUUGCCUUCCCCACUGUUAACAUCAUUUCGGCAGCACAAGACAUGGUCGUUUUGAAAGGUGCAGUGAUUCAUGGUCAUCAACAUUAG